GCUGCGUCGGGGGGAUCCAAGCAUCGCGGGUGUGGAGCGCGCGUGCACGCGUGGUGCGCGUGGCGGGCGAGCGCGCGUAGCUUGUGUCUCAGGCCUCCACCAGGAGAGGUUCUCUGAAGAGGAGGGCAUGGUUCCCGGGUUUGUGACUGCAAGGCCCCAGGAGCUGAUUGCAUUCCAGGAUGUGGUGGUAGACUUCUCCCAGGAGGAGUGGGGGCAGCUGAGUCCUGGCCAGAAGGCCCUGUACUGGGAUGUCAUGCUGGAGAACUACAGGAACCUGGUCUCACUGGGAAUUUGCAGUUUUGAAAACUUUAUUUCAGACUGGGGCACUGGGCCUGACAACAGGACACCUUCAAAGCAUAACAUCUCUGAAAAGUCACCCCAAAAGAAAGGACUUUGGAACAUGAACUUCAUAAAGGCCUGCAAAGAGGACAGCCUCCCCGAGAUGCUAGUCCUGGUGAAAUCUCUGAGCAGCUUCACAGAGAAGAAGGGCUACGGAUGUCCUGAAUGUGGGAGAGCCUUCAGUUCCAAAUCCUUCCUUACUCAACACUGGCGGAUCCACACAGGGGAGAGACCCUACGAAUGCAGUGAGUGUGCGAGGGCCUUCAGCCAGAGGGCAAACCUUAUUCAGCAUCAAAGAAUUCAUUCUGGAGAGAAACCUUACAAGUGUGAGGACUGUGACAAAGCUUUCAGGCAGAGCUCCUCCCUCAGGGAGCACCAGAUCAUCCACAGUGGCAAGAAACCAUUUCUCUGUAAUGAAUGUGGGAAAGGCUUCAGCAAACACUCAGCCCUCAUCUCCCAUCAGUGAAUUCACAUGGGUGAGAAACCCUAUCAAUGUAAUGAGUGUGGGAAGGCCUUUAGUGAUCAGUCAUUCUUCAGCCAACACCGGAGGGUCCAUAGUGGGGAGAAACCUUAUGGAUGCAAUGAAUGUGGAAAGGCCUUUAGCUGGGCCUCAUCCCUUAAUCUCCACCAGAGAACUCAUACAGGUGAGAACCCCUAUAAGUGCCCCGACUGUAGGAAACCCUUCUGGUACAGGUCCUCCCUCAUCGAGCACCGGAAAACCCACACAGGAGAGAAACCCUACAAAUGCAGCAACUGUGAGAAGACUUUCAGCUACAGCUCCUCCCUCAGCCUCCAUCAGAAAACUCACACUGGGGAGAGCCCCUAUACGUGUAAGGAGUGUGGGGACGUCUUCAGGUACUGCUCCUCCCUGACCAAGCACCAGCGGACCCACAGCAUCAAGACACCCUAUGAGUGUAAGGAAUGUCUAAAAGCCUUUAGUUGUGAUUCAUCCCUUAAAGUACAUCAGAGGAUCCAUACCAGGGAGAAAUCCUACACCGACAGUGAGGGUGAGGAAGAACUUUGUGGCAACUAACGUCCAGCAGUUCUUAAUAAAAAAUACUAUGCACAUGGAACCUUCAGAUUUCAUUUACCCUAAGAGGUCUGAGACAUCAUAUUGUACAUUUGUCAUGGGGAUGUGCCUCGGGGGUCCCCAAAACCACCCCCAAGUUUGGUGACUCAGUAAGAGGACACAAAGGACUCAGCGUAUAGUCAUACUCAUGGCUAAGAGUUACAGCAAAGGGAUACAAAGCAAAACCAGCAAAGAGGUGCGUGGGGUGAAGUCUGGAGGAAGCCAGACACAAAUUUUCAGGAUUCCUCUCCAAGCAGAGUCACAUAGGACACAUUUGAUUCCUCCAGCGGGUUGUGACAACACUGCUUUCCCACCACUUCCUCCCAACAUUAAGCUCUUCUUUGACUUCAGGACCUUUGCUCAUGCUGUUCCCUCUGUCCAGAAUCCUGUCCUCCCCAAUGUUCCUUGGUUGACUUCUCAUAAGGCCAUCUCUUCGGAAAGCUUUUCUUGGACCACCCAGUCUAAAAUUAGCCCUCCCAUAUGGCACUCCCUCUGCCUAUUCACCAUCUUUUCCUUUGUUGCACAUACCACCUUGUUUUGCUUAUAACCUUUCUCUUUAUUGUACACUGAACUUUGAGAAAUACUGGUUCAGGAUAAGGUUAAAGAGCUCAUAUGCCUAUGGGGUUGUCAAGCACUUCAUGCAAAUACAGAAUGCCUUCAGGUCAAGCUCACCUCCGGUUCUGCCACAGGCCCGAUUAACCCAUUUGCACAAAAUGCCUGGUACCUGUUUUUCAACCCUUGCCUUAAGCCAGUGUUUUUGGAACUUUAGCUUUCAACAGAACCCCCUGGAGGGCUUAUUAAAACAGGGUGCUGGGCCCCACUCCCAGAAUCUCUGGUUCAGUAGGAGCCUGAGAAUUUCUAAGAUGUUCCUAGAUG